GGUCUACUCUUUAUAGGGCAGAUUUGUUUCACAAAUGACAUCAACCAAUGAUAACACAAACAUGGAAUCCGAAGGAAAAGAUGUUACAAGCACAGAUGAAAUAUUAUUGUCAGAAUCUGAUCCUUUACUAAAAGAUCCAGCCAUGUAUACCAUAACACCACAGCCGCCAAUGGAAGCUACUAUGUUUAAGGAAGAGCCAAUCGAAGAUGAUUCACACGACAAACAAAUUGUGGCGCCGCCGCCGACAAGGAGGAUUUCGAAAGACAGACACACCAAGGUGGAAGGCCGUGGCAGGAGGAUACGUAUGCCGGCUGCUUGUGCCUCUAGAAUCUUCCAGUUGACUCGAGAACUUGGUCAUAAGUCAGAUGGUGAGACGAUUCGGUGGUUGUUGGAACAUGCGGAAGGUGCUAUCAUUGAAGCUACGGGUACAGGAACGGUACCCGCGAUAGCAGUUAAUGUUAACGGGACGUUAAAAAUCCCGACAACAUCAACUGCAGAGGAUGGUGGUGGGAAGAGACGGAAAAGAGCUAAUAAUAGUGAGUUUUAUGACGUGAAUGACACAUCAGUGUCUAAUUUUGCCCCGGUGACCCAUGUGGGGACACCGGGGCCACAAGGGUUGGUUCCCGUGUGGGCCAUGGGUGCACCAUCUAGUGUUGGUAUGCACGGGGGUGGUUUUUUUAUGAUUCCACCGGGAGGACCACAAUUGUGGGCUUUCCCAGCGGGUCUGACCCCGGUUUUUAACGUGUCACCUCAACCCGUGGCGAAUUAUUUGUCAGCAAUGCAAGGUAGUAGUAGCUCUGGAUGUGGAGGUGAAAGUGGAGUUCAAGCGAUGUCGAAUUUGGUAUUGAGUAACAGUGAAUGCGAAGAUAAACUGGGGACGGUUUCAACUAAAAUGGCACCAAGUUCAAGUUCGAAUUCAAUUGCAGCAAUAAAUAAGAAUCAAAUGCUUGGCGACUUUUCAUUGAAUAUUUACGAGAAGAGAGAGCUUAAUUUAACGAUUGGCUCUUCAACCGAAUCUUCAUCUUAAUCACAUUGGUUAAGUAUCAACAACGAUUUAGUACUCCUAGUAUUAGUUUUGUUUAAUCUUCUUCUAUUUUAUGUAACUUCUAUUUUUUCUUUUCAUAAUAACUUUUAGCAA